AUGGCUAACGCUCUUGACACUCUCCACAUCCAUGGUAUCACCGUUGAUUCCAGCGAGUCGAAAAGGGAUAUAGAGUCUGCUGAAGUAUGGAUUGGCCAAUCACAAAGUUCGCCAAUUGAACUUAAACACGAAGAGCCAGAAGGAAAAAAAUUGCGACACACAUUUUCUCCACCAAAGAUGUUUUCUCACGAGGAAUCAUUUUCCUUACAUUACCUCAAGUUGUAUAAACAAAAAAUCCGGAUCCUCAUUGACUUUUCUGGGAAUACUUCCACUCAAGCAGAGCAGGCAGGCUCUUCCGCCCAAAGCUCUGGGCUCAUGCCUACCACUUCCAACAUAUUUGAGAGCUGUCCUCGGUUCCGAAUUCUGGUAAUAGGAAAGGUAGGUGUUGGCAAGUCAUCACUCAUCGACCAUGUAUUUGGAGUAGGCGAAGAAACAAACGUCGCCCAUGAUAAGCCAGGUGAGGCCAACAUCGACAAUGAGUUCAUCUCAUCUCAGAAUGACAGGUUCUUUUUCCACGAUAGCAAAGGUUUUGAACCAGGGGAAGAAGAAAACCUCAAAAUAGUCCAAGAUUUUAUCGAACAUUGGAAGAACAUGCCGCAUUUGAAAGAUCAGCUGCAUGCUGUUUGGUGGGGAUUCUAUCUCGACUAUUCCGUUAUGAUACCCCGUGCAGGCGGACGUUUGCUGGAGACAGGAACAGAGGAUUUCCUGAAAUCAAAACUUAAAGGAACCCUGGGAAAUGAUGAAGCCUCUCUCGAUGGAUUGAGCGACAAAGAUGUCAAAGACCUCAUCAAGAGCAAAGCAGAAACAGAGGUGCAGACAACCUGCAUCAGACCUCUUGAGGAAUUUACAGAGUCUGUGAUUCCCUACGCCAAGAUCUCCACCGCAAAAGGCUACAAGGAGACACUCACUCGCCUAAUCAAAAUAACUGAAAGCUGUGUCGAUCAGCAUUCUGCGCCCAAGGCCGCAGUGAUGACCUCUGUCGCUCAGCGAGUGCAUUCUGGACUCAAAAUAAAGGCAUUAAUCGAGUUUGGCAAGCAAAGUUUGUCCCAGUUUUGCGUUCAUAAUCACUGGAUACAGUCUAAAUCUUCGCGUCUUGAAGGAUAUUGGAAUGCGCUCAUGUCAUGCCCGACAUUCAAGAACAACCAGAUGAAGGAUUGUCUAUAUGUGCUUCACAAAGACAUCGUCGAUGUGUGGAACUUCCGUGACCCUCAUAUGUACUUGCACAGCCAAGAGUUUAGGGAUUUGAUGAUGAAAAUGCUCGAUAAGAUACAAGCUAAAUCUACCGCCACGACCAUGACAUUUGGGUCAUCCAUGGCCGGCCCUAUUGUGACCAUGCUGGGCGCCUUAUCGGGACCUGCGGCUCCCAUUGUAGUACCAAUUGCAGCAGUCGCCGUAUUCGUUGCACAAUGGGUUUAUGAGGUAUACCAGAUAUCCGACGUGGUGCUUCAGCGCUUGAUGGCCUACAUCAUGCACUUGACGCUUGUGUUACGGACACUUUUUUUCAUGUCGAAAAGCCAGGUGCUCACUCAUAGGGCCAUCAAGCUCGCGGUCAAUUCUUACCUUGCCUCCCCAAUAAGGAAAGAGGUUCUUACUUGGAUUCAGGAUUAUGUUCGGGGAUUGGCUAUCUUGGAACAUGCAGAUAAGGAUAUCUUGGAUAAAAUCGAAGAGAUGAUGCAAUUUUACGAGAUGGAUGCGGCACAAGUGUCCGAACUUGAGGCAAAAAUCCCCGAUGUAGAUUUGCUACCAGACGAAGCAUGGUAA